AUGGCAAGCUCAACAGCAGCAGCAGCCGGCAACGGCUCCGCAGAACCCGACAACCGCCCGGCCACCCCGACGCCCUCGCAGCUCCCUCCGAUCCCGAACUCCCCCGUCUACUCCCUCGCCUCGACCGCGAACCCGCUCUCCUCCUUCCACCUCCCCCUCCCGCCGCCCCCGCGGCCCGUCCACGCCGUCCUCACAAAGCCCGACCUCGAGCAGUCCCAGACCGCCUACUCCGACCUCCUCCACACCGCGAAAGCCUACCGCGUCGCCCUCGCUUCUCUCUCCACCGCCGCCUCCGCCUUCGGCUCCGCCCUCGAGUCCUGCGCCCGCCUGAAAGAGGCCCGCGCCGAGAGCCUGACGGGCUCCGGCUCGAAUUCCGGCGGCGGCGGCGGCGUCGGCGCACCCCUCUCCGCGAGCUUCACCGCCGGCGGGCCCAGGGGCUCCUGCACCGCCGACCUCCUCCUCUCCGCCUCGGGCGUCCACCACCUCGUCGCCAACCACCAGCAGAUCCUCUCCGAGACCGUCUACCGCGACUUCGAGGUCCCCCUCCUCCACGAGCUCGACAAGUGGCGCCAGCGCGUCGACGACGAGGAGGAGGCCUACGUGAGGGAGGUCAAGGCCCGCAGCAGGGAGAUACAGCGGCUCGAGAAGGAAGGCCUGAAGCUGCACAAGCAGCGCCGCCGCGACGUCGGCAAGUUCCGCGCACACCUCGUCGAGCUCACCACCAAGCUCGACGGCCUCACGACCCUCCACGGCGACCACGCUAGGACCCUGUUGCGGGAGAGCCAGGACACGAGCGGGCGCAUCCUCGAGGCCUCGUGCAGCCUCGUCCGCGCCGAGGUCGACAUCUUCGAGUCGCUCGCGCGGAAGGGCUGGAGCGGCGGCGGGCUGGACGAGCUGCUCGAGAAGGGGGCCGACCUGUUCGCGAGCGACGAGGUCGCGGACAUGCACCACACCGGCAUCGGGCUAGGGAACGGCGGCGGCGGCGGGUCGGCCGAGGCGGCGAAGCUGUUCAGCAUCCUCCCGCCCAAGAGCAUCCUCGCGGACGCGGCGUCGGACGUGACGAGGUCCGGGGGCCACGGCCACGCGAGGGGGGACAGCCUGAUGAGCGACACGGACCGGUACCAGAGUCUGGCGGCCGUCGCGUCGCCCGGGCUCGGGGAGUACGACAACGACGCGGACAGCAUCUUCUCCGAGACCAACUUCAACCGGUCGAGGGGGGUGCGGCCGUUCUCGCCGCAGCCCAUCAGGCGGCACGCUACGGACGUCACGUAUGAUAGCCUCGGGGUCGGGUUGAGCGAGGAGUCGCAGCAGGCGGACGAUAAGAUCGAGGAGAGGGAACACGACGUGCUGAAGGAGGAAGACGACGACGAAAGGGAUACGGUGACGGGGCGGCACCCGUGGGGAGACGAGCAGGCGAGCAGCGAUGAGACGCGGCCGAUAUUGGAGAGGGGGUUGGAUGAUUCACCAGAGAUUGUCACCGAAUCGGGAGAUAGGGGUAGGCCGGAGAGGAGGUGGAGUAUAGAUGAGAGCGCGUGA